AGAACCAAUCGUUUGCUGUCAAACUUCAUACUCUUACCUUCAAACUUCUUCAUACACAACACAUUCAAUUUUUUUUUCAAUUUGUUCUCUACAGAACCCCAGAUAUUGAUUUCUUAUCAGCAAGACAUGGGAACUUCGAGCGAAGUCUCUAAUAAGCUCCAUUUCUUGCUCUUCCCUUUCAUGGCUCACGGCCACAUGAUACCGACUCUGGACAUGGCCAAGCUCUUCGCUACCAAAGGAGCUAAAUCCACUAUCCUCACUACUCCUCUCAACUCCAAGCUCUUCUUCGAGAAACCCAUCAAAUCAUUCAACCAAGAGAACCCGGGUCUCGAAGACAUCACAACCCAGAUCCUUGAUUUCCCUUGCACAGAGCUCGGUUUGCCAGAAGGAUGCGAGAACACCGAUUUCAUCUUCUCGAGCCCUGACCUAGAUAAAGGUGACUUGGGUCAAAAGUUUUUACUUGCAAUGAAAUAUUUCCAAGAGCCAUUAGAGCAUGUCCUCGAGACAAUGAAACCAGACUGUCUAGUUGGCAACAUGUUUUUCCCCUGGGCCACUAAAGUAGCUGAGAAGUUUGGAGUACCGAGACUUGUGUUCCACGGAACAGGCUGCUUCUCUUUAUGUGCUUCUCAUUGCCUUAGGCUCCACAAGCCUUACAAGAACGUAGCAUCGAGUUCUGAGCUCUUUGUGAUUCCUGAACUUCCAGGAGAUAUUGUGAUUACAGAGGAACAGGUCAUAGAGAAAGAAGAAGAGUCUGUAAUGGGGAAGUUUAUGAAGGGAAUCAGAGAAUCAGAGAGAGAAAGCUUUGGUGUGUUGGUGAAUAGCUUUUACGAGCUUGAACCUGCUUACGCUGGUUUUCUAAAGAGAUUUGUGGCCAGAAGAGCGUGGCACAUCGGUCCGCUUUCUUUAGGCAAUAGAAAGUUCGAGGAGAAAGCAGGAAGAGGUAAAAAGGCGAGCAUUGAUGAACAUGAAUGUUUGAAAUGGCUUGAUUCCAAGAAAUGUGAUUCAGUGGUUUACUUGUCCUUUGGAACCAUGUCAAGCUUCAAUAAAGAUCAGCUUAUAGAGAUUGCAGCUGGGAUGGAAAUGUCAGGACAUGAUUUUGUCUGGGUGGUUAACAAAUAUGGGAGCCAAGGUGAGAAGGAGGAGUGGUUACCAGAGGGAUUCGAAGAGAAGACGAAAGGAAAAGGAUUGAUCAUCCGAGGAUGGGCACCACAAGUGCUGAUACUAGAGCACCAAGCAAUAGGCGGAUUUGUGACGCAUUGCGGAUGGAACUCGCUUCUAGAAGGCGUAGCAUCGGGACUGCCAAUGGUGACGUGGCCCGUGGGAGCCGAGCAGUUUUACAACGAGAAAUUGGUGACACAAGUGUUGAAAACAGGAGUGAGUGUAGGAGUGAAGAAGAUGAUGAAAGUCGUUGGAGACUUCAUCAGCAGAGAAAAAGUGGAGAGAGCGGUCAAGGAAGUGAUGGCUGGAGAUGAGAGGAGGAAACGGGCAAAAGAGCUAGGGGAAAUGGCGAAAACCGCCGUGAAAGAAGGAGGAUCUUCAUAUAUUGAGUUGAAUACGUUGAUGGAAGAACUUAAGUUAGUUAAACUGCAAAAAGAGAAGGAAUCACAACAAAAAACUGAACGGUUUGCAAGAUAAGGAACAAUGUUUUUGUAAUUCUACUGGUUUUGAGUUACCAAAAAUUACUACAGAAAAUUGUAUUUGAUCAUUCAAGUAAUUUACAAAGAAUGACCUUCUUAGUUGGUACUA